AUGAAGCCACCAACAAAUUUCUGGAAGGAUUAUAUCUUCGCCAAUGAAGCUUGGCCCGAAAAGAUCCUGAGCAUAAAAAACUAUGAUUACCAUAAACCGCCUUCAAUUUCUGCUCUCAGCCCUGACUUGCCGCAAAUUUUGAAAGGAAACACUAAAGGCACUUUUGUAACGCUGUUGCUGCACGAUGACACCGGCGACUUACCGAAGCCCGUCUAUGGUCUGCGCAAAAGGUUCUACCAAAGCCUAAAACCCUAUUCCAAGGAGGGUCAGGAACGAUACACAGUACUCCUUACUGAAUCGGGAAUAACUCUCCAUAUCUUAGACGCCAUUGAACCAGAUUAUGGUCAUCCCUACAUCACCCUGCCGGAUCCAAAGCGGCUCUUUGAGUUGGAUGAAGCGGGUGGCCUAAGAACCUAUAUCAUUGACUACAGCACCAACAAGAUGCGGACUAUCAAAAGCCGCCGAAUUUGUGGAAUGCAGGGGGAGACAGCCAAGCAAAAGCGCAACGUGGCCGAGAUAUGUUGCAUCAACCUGAAAAUCGGGCCGGAGGGGGCCUCCAAGCAGCGCGUAUUCAUGAGCGCGUCAAGGGUGACCAGAGUCGUAAGACUGGAAGAGAAAAAGAAAAUUACAGGAUGGAAACCAAUAGCCGACGACGAACAAGAGGAACUGUGGUUACACUAUCGCCGUUAUUCCGAAAAGCAUUAA